AUGAAGUUUCUCCUCACAGCUCUAAACCUUUUGGCCGUAGCCACUCCAGUUAUAUGUGAUAGUGCUGGUACUACUGCCACUACCACAUGUACUACAGACCAGGUCAUAGUUUCUCUAACUGCAGAGGAGAAAUUCGCCGAUGAGAUGCAGUCCUAUGUCGAUGGGUCGGAUUCCAAUAUCGAUCCUUCGGGGCUAAGAUCAAUCUCACCUGCAAUUCAGAAAGUCUAUAAGAACUUCCGAACUUUACUCGCCCGUCUCAAUAAUGAUAUUCAAUGUACUGUGAGUGCUACUCAGAGCGAGCAAACACAGAUCUGUGUUGCUUUUGAUACGUUCGCGAAGGGGCAGCUACGUUACCUUCAUGUGGCGGAUGGUCUCCAAUUCUACCAAGUAAAUGGACAUGGAGAAAAUGAGUCCAAGAUGCGAGGGUAUAUUCAACAAUAUAAGACUGAACUAGAGGGCUAUAAGAAUCGGAUCAGAGCAAUGGUUCCAUUUUGUGUUGAUAUAAUUGAUACCGCUUAUGCCCCAUUGACUGAGCAAUUUGAUGUUCUGUUUAGAGAAUAUCCUGCGGCCAGUCAGUCGAGAAGUCAGGCUGGUAAUCAGGCUGGUAAUCAGGCUGGUAAUCAGUAA